UGCGAGAUCAGUGGUUUGAAGUGAUCUGACUUUGGUUUUCCACUGCCCGCUUAUAUAUCAAUUCGCGCGAUUGGACGUACCAACCAGUGCGCGCGGACGGGCCGACCGGAGUGGGGAACGUUUGCCGAAUGCAGCGCGUAGCGCGUGUGGUAACGCGUGAUCGCGGCGAAGUUAGCCGGGCGCGUGCUUGGUCUUACGCGUGGUGUCAGGCAUGGUGGAAAUAACAAGGUGAAGCAUUGCGGUGGAUGCGCAGUCGUUCAUGUCACGUGAUGUCACGAACCAAUCAGCUUGUGGUUUAAAAUAUGAGUCUAUCCUUGUCUAUCACGUAGUGUCAUAUCAUAUGUUCUGUGAGAGUGAAACAGUUUCACUGAAACUGCGUACCUGUGCGUAUUGUAUGUUACACAUGGUUACGUAUACACUAUGCUAUACAGUUUGCUUUUUAUCGAAGAAGUUCAUUUUAUUGCAGCACUUACGGUAAGCAAUAAAUACUAAAUAAAAAUAUAGAACUUAAAAAUUGGCAAUUAAAUCACAUUUUAUAUUAUAACUACAGAAACUAAAGCAUCAUGCGGCAGUGCUGUGUGCAUCAUUGCAGAGUAAGAUCGAGUGGAGUAUCAAAAGCUAAAAAUACAAAAUUUUUUUUGUUCCCGAAGGAAGAAACUUUAAAAAAAGCAUGGCUGCAAGCUAUCAAUCGAAAAGAAGAGGAGUUGAAUAUGAAAUAUGCAAAAGUAUGUCAACAUCAUUUUUCACCCGACUGUAUGGAGGAAAGGUGGACGAAACCUCAAAAGAAAAAUGUUGAACCAAGAAUUAUUGUUCGAUUGAAGGCUGGUUCAAUUCCAACACUUUUGUUAGAUGUACAAAGUCCACCACGAAAUCAGAGAAAUACAGUCAAAAGUCAAAUACAGUAAAAUUCGUGUUCGAACAAGGCAUGCUAUGACUUUUAUUUCCUAGUUGAAGAUCAGUAAACGCAAUGUUCA